AUGGCGCAACCGCCUUCGUUGGCGCCCGCCACGGAUACCGCCGUGGACGCUGGUGCGCGUUCCGGCAACCGCGACAUGCGAUUUGCCCAGUGUAGUGCGCCGCCCUUGCAGAUGGCGCACGACAGUGCGGCUGAGUUUCAUGAUCGGUGCGCCACACCAGCCGCUUCUGCCGCCCCAUCGCCGCCGCCACCAGAAUCGCCCAAGGCGCUCCUCAGCAACUACUACGACCUGGAGCCGUAUGCGCGUCGGGGUCUUGCCGGCGGCGCCCACGGGUGGAAGCGCGUGUUUGGGCUGCUGAAGCCCGAGAUGCGCAGGCGUAGCGGGAGAGAUGAGGCGUGCGCUGAGGAUGGAGGUGCAGCAGCUGCUGGCAUGUCUGGGCGCCGCGCGCCGGGCUCACUGACGCGCACGUACGAUGGCUCCCGCGUUACCACCAUCGACAGCCCGGCGCUGCUGCGGGAGAGUCCCGGCGCGAUUGUGCCGACUACUGCAGCCGCCUCGACGAGGUCACCGACGCGGCGCGCGUCUACUGCAGAGAGCGUGUAUCGCAGCAGCGUCGUAAAAGGCGACGUCUCGGUGCACAGCAGCGUGUCGGGGUCGCCGGUGGCGACGGGGAAGCCGCGCACGGUGCGGUGGUACGGCGACGACCAGAAACUCUUUUCCGUGGCCGCAGCCUCCUCCGCGUCAGCGAGCACGCCCGCGCAGCCGUUGCACCCGCCGCGGCUCUCCGUCUCGCCGGUUGCCGGGGCGCCGUCGCCACCGAGUCGCUUCCUCAACUCCUUCUUUUUCCCUGUGCUACAGCACCUCAGCUUUUGCGUGAGCCGAAGUGUAGGCAGCGGCCCCGGGGACAGCACCACCACUGGUGAGGCGACCUCCGGGACGACCGGGAGCGGCGUGCACACGGCGUCUACCACCAACACUUUCGCUACUUCAGCGGCGUUGGCGGUGGCGCAGCGCAAUCUGCAGCGAGACAUCUCUAACUUGGUGGCCACAACAGCGUCAGUUCGGCUGGGCGCCUCCGCGUCUUCGGCCUUCCCGGGUUCCCAUAUCCACACAGCGCGCUGCUCCGCCGUGUCGUCGGUGGCUGUAUCUCCGCGGGUCGGCGCCGCAGGGUCUUGCAAAUUGCAACAGCAGCACGAGGGGGUGACAGCGGCAGCGUCCAGCUCGUCGCUCGCUGUACUGCACGCAGGCAGCAGCCCCAUCUGCGGGCAGUGUAGAACAGGUGUGGUUGUGGAGGACGAGGAGGGGGCGGCACAGCACGUCGCGGGGUCUCAUGUGCGCUUCCUGUCGGCGGAGAAGCAGCAGCCGGGUAUGCGCGGCAGCCUUCGCCGUCAGAGCGCGGACGCCUGCCGUCAAACGCCCGCCAGCUCGCAGAAACGCGACCCCAGUGCCACGUGGAGCGGCGCGGGUCCGUGCAAGCCGAGUAUACGGGAGUCUGCGCAGGAGCGAAGGAUGCCGCCGCACCCCGCACCCUGUGCCGCAGCAACAGCCGCUGGCGCCACGGCCGACAGUGGUGCAGCACCGGUGCCACCCGAGGCGUCGUCCACGGAGGCACCGAACGCUGCAAGCACCGAGUCGGCUGGCAAGCCUGCUUCUUCCCCGACCGUGGCUCACCGCUGCACCAUCGCCGAACAGCUGGCGGUGUUGACGAGUCGUCGAGAGCAACAACAUCGCUACACACAGCAGCUGCAGGCAAGCAGGAGGUCGGCCGGGCUCGGCGCCGGCGCCGUGAAUGCGCUGCCGUCUCCUCUGGCCACCCUGUCGUCCCCUGCCUACACGGGCGCUGUUGCGGCAUCGACGGCCAUGAAUUUCUCCAGUGCAGAGCUCAGCAGGAAAACCGGCGGCAUGCGCAGCCCAUUCCCCUGGGCUUCGCAGUACUACACGGACACGGCAUCAGGGGUAUUCUACUCCUCCGUGCUGCAGCCGCACCACUACGAGAACCAUGUCUACUCCGACGUCACGACGGAGGUGCAGCAGUGCAGGCGAAGGUGUCAGCUGGACCGUGUGCCGAGUCUUGGCGCGGGCGUCACCGCUGCCUCGAAGGCGGGCGCAAAGGACGAGGAUGUGGGGCACGAGACGCACACGGCCACGUCGAUGGCGACAGGAGCAGGAGCAGCAACAGCUGCGUCCACAAGACGCUCUAUGGAGCGGCCGGCAGCCGAGUCGAGUCUCACGGCUGGCUUACAGCCAGCCGCAGCUCGCAAGGUCUCUGUAUCGGCAGGUACCGCCGUCUUGACAUCCGGCGUGGGCAACGUAGCGCCGCUGAGCCAUUCAAAACCGGCGCAGCCCUCGAACGAGCGCCGCGUUGACGAUUUGACCGUAAAGUACCGGGAGGAUGGCUCGGCUUCGUACACCAUCUCCCUCACUUACCACGACAGCGAAACCGGCACCUCGCGCACGGUGAACACGAGCGCGCUGCCGCCUCUGCGCCGCUGUGACGCGGGCGCGUCAAUCCCGGGCCUCUCAUCCCUCUCCGGUGGCACAACCGCGCGUGCUGCCGCCCGCACGACACGCCCAACCACGACGGCGACGCUAGCCUCGAGUGCCCCUGGUGCCGCGUCACUGGCGCACUCGCGCAGCGUCAGUGGUGGUGAGGCCGCUCACGCAUUCGCCGUAAACUCUCCGCCUGCGCGUCCCGCUGCUGCCACCACGACGGGGAAGUCACUGACUCACUCGCAGCCGCAUCAAGCAUCUGAUGCAGAGGACAACGAUAACGCGUCGACGAUGCUUGGUCUUGCGCAGGCGGCGAGGACAGGCGGCGGGCGACCGAGGCCGGCUCGGCGCAGCAGCAUCAGCGUUGGCGGCAGCCUCAAGCAUUGUAGCUCCCCGGCAGCGGGGGCGACGGCAGCUGGUUCAGGGACGAGUAGCCCCACGUGCGACGCGGCGGCAGCGGCGACUACCACCACCAGCGGUAAGAUCAACCCGUUCGCUGCGCCGUUGCCGCCUACAGAGCCGCCGCAUGGCCCUCGGUUGCGCGGUGUCGCCGGGCGCAGCGGCGAGAUGGCGAUCGGCGCCUUCCUCGGCGGUGGCGCCUGCGGUAAGGUGUACGAGUGCCUGAACACAGAGACUGGGCAGGUGCUGGCAGCGAAGCAGAUCGUCUUCGACGCGAAGGAUCGGAAGCUGCGAACGCGGUUGAAGCAGCUAGAGCUGGAGCUGGAGGUGCUGACGCUUGCGGCGCGUCAUCACGUGCGGUGGAUUGUGGGCUUCUUCGGUGCAGAGAAGCGUGGUCACUCAGUUCUCAUGUACCUCGAGUACUGCCAGCACGGCUCCUUGCUGGACUACAUGGUGGAAGGCAACAGUACCGAUGCUGCUGUGUGGAACGCUAGCAGUGCCCCGGAUGAUGCUACCCCGCAACCGUCGACUGCCUCUGCUGGCCGUAGUGCGGGUUGUCACUUCGGCGCGGCUGGCAGCCCACCAGUCGCUGCGGUGGAGGUGUGGCGACGGCACACCGAGAGUGUGAACGAAGACGCCAGCUACCUGAGCACGUGCUCUCCACUUCAGGGUCUGCGCGAGGUGCGCGAGAGCCACACCGAGGCCGCUGCCGCCCUCAAAACGAAUUCACCAAAGCAGCAGCGGCAGCAGGCCGCAGAUGACGGCUCCGCUGCGGCGGGGCAUGUUCAGAGGGCGGGGGCAGAGGCGACCGAAGCCACAGGCCACGCCUCUCCGCAAGUCCGCAGGCACCGGGAGGAGAGCGUCGAGGAUGAAGAGUACCCUGCGCGCCGCGGAGGGGGCUGCCUCUCUGCCGCCGCCGCUUCCGUCUCCUCGGCAGCCAGCUCCGUUGCCUUAUCCAGCUCGGCGUUGGAUAUGAUGCCGCUUAGCGAGGCGCUACACCCGCAGAUGCCGUCCUUGUCUAUUGAGCAGGCGCAGUGCUUCACGAAACAAAUCGUUGACGGUCUUUGCUUCCUGCAUCAGCACAACUACGCCCACCUCGAUGUGAAGACGGCAAACGUACUCGUCGCGGCCGUCGACGAAUGCCGCUUGGCGGACCUCGGGUGCGCUAUGCGCAUCCAGCCGCCGCCACCGGGGUCGCCACGGCAGCAGCAACAGGGACUGGCAGGGAUGGAUAAGGCGGUGAGGGGAGGCGCCAACGGCGACCUCGACGACGUCUUGUCACCACCCCGCUAUCCAGUGCUAGUUGACCGAGAUGCCAUCACCGAACUUCGCGGCACGGCCCUUUACAUGGCGCCAGAGAUGAUCCGCUUUGAGAGCCAUGCCAUCGGCAGUCCCGCCGACGUGUGGUCGCUGGGGUGCGUCGUGAUGGAGAUGACGACCGGCUGCGCCCCGUGGCGGCACAUUGCGAAGGACAAGCUGCGAGUGUUGUACCGGAUCGGCUCGGCACGCGAUGAGCUGCCGUUGCCGCCGCUCAUACGCGCGUGGGCGGAGGAGGCCAGAGAAUGGCUGGCGCAGGAAGGCCUGCCGGCAACGGCUGAUGCUGAGAAGCAGCAGGAUGAGGUGGCAGCGUGCGCGAUGGAGGCGGGCGGCGCUGCUCAAGCACCUCGCAACCCCUCAGCGUCGAAAGCGGACCGUGAAGUCAGCCGCGUCGACCGCGACAGUGGUGUCGUUGGUGGCGACCUUGACAACACAGUUUCGGACGCGCUUGAUGAGCCCUGCUCACAGCGCCGGCGCGUUGACCACGGCACUUAUGGUGACGAUGGCAGGUGCGUCGCAGAGUCGGCGGUGGAUCGUGCUUGCCAGCACGAUCCACCGCCUUCCAGUGUGGGAGACACGAGCUGCAGCGGCUGCGAAGUCGCUGCCACGCCGCGCUCAUCGUUGGUCUUGACCGCGAAGAUGCCGGCUUCGGUGCGUACCCCUGCCACUAGCACUCGCGGCGGCACGUCAUCCUCGUCGUUCGCGCGUGCCGCCUCUGCGACGACCGCGGGCCUGCAGCUCGGCGGAUCGAACGCCGCCGACGAGGUGCGCCUCUUCCGCGAACAACGUCACGUCAUGCGUCUCUACGUGGCGCUGCAGGACUUCGUUGCCGCGUGUGUGAGGGUGCGACCAGAGGACCGCAGCAGCGCUGCGGAGCUUCUCCGCCAUCCCUUCCUGACUCUCUGCAAGGAUGAUGUCUAG